AUGGCCGAUUACGCGAAGAUGAAGAACGCCGAGCUUGAGGCUCUCCUAAAACAGCGUUCGCUCCCUCACACUGGCAAGAAGGCCGACAUGGUCGCGCGUCUCCAGGAAGCGGACAAAGCCAGCGGUGAAAAUGCUGGUGCUGACGAGCCUACCGCCACCGCGACUGCGACCGCGACUGCGCCUCCCGAGGACGAGAUUGACUGGGACGAUGACACCACAGAUACGAAGCCCGCCGCCGCCGCCGCAAGCACCGAAGCUUCCGCCACUGCCAUCAAGGCUGGCGGCCAGGGUGCUGUCGCAAACCCUCAGGCCGUCCCGAAUCAGGUCCCCGACGUCGACCCGUCCAAGACCGAAGAUCUGUCCGUCAAAGCUCCCGAGGAGGCCGCCGCAGCCACAGAUGCGACGGCCGAUGAGGCGCCCACUGAGCCCGUUGUUGAGAAGAAGGAUUUCACUUCUGGCAUCAAGGAGACGACUCUGGACGAGGAACUGGAGAAGCGCAAGGCACGCGCAAAGAAGUUCGGUCUGCCCGAGGACGACGAGGCAGCCAAGCUGUUGGAAAGAGCUCAGAAAUUCGGUACCGAGGCCGCCGCGAGUGGCCCUAGAGGACUGAAUGAGGCUCUGCCUGAGCGCCGCCCCAAGCGCGGAAGAGAUGCUGGAGAUGAGGGUACCCGUGGAAACAACAAAAGGCGCGGCGGCCGUGGUGGCCGCUUCCAGGGCCGCAGAGGAGGUGGCGGUGGUGGUGAACGCAGGGGUAACGAGGGGGCAAAGAGCAAUGCUGGUGGUGGCUCCGGCACAUGGAUGAGCUCAGAGGACAAGGCCAGGGCGGAAGCCCGCAAGGCUCGCUUUGCCGGUGCUCCCUCCGCCUCUUGA